AUGUCUUCUCUCCUCAUUGGCAAAGAAUUCAGCUUUCGUCCACUCGAGAAGUUAGCACUAUCACCUUUGCUAGACAAUGUCAAAGCAACAACAGCACUACUAGUAGCCCUGACAUUCUUCUCCCUCAUUUUCAACUAUGCUCUUUCAUGGGCCCUACACUACUGGACUCGCACACAUGGGAAGCCCGGCCAACCCCCACCAAGAUACCCAUCGUUCAUUCCGUGGAUCGGCGGCGCGGUCACGGUUCUCUUCAACGGCCAGAGCUUCCUCGACCGAGCCACGACGUUCCGCGGCAAGCUCACAUCCUGUCGCGUCCGCUUCCUUGGCAGAGAACUCUACUUCAUCCAAGACCGGCACAGCGUCGCUGCACUGUGGAAACAAAAUUCGCUCUCGAGUCCCAUCGAGCCGUACAUCCUAGUCCUGAAGUACUUCUUUGGCAUGAAGAAGGAAGCCCUCUCCGUAUAUAACAAGGAUGAUUCCGGACCCUUCCACAAACCAUUCCGGGGAAGCCAGGUCGAGCCACGGAACCGUGUCGAUUGGAUCACGCACCAUGAGAUCCUGAAAGGGCUGACUGGUGCGGGACUGAAGCCGUUGACAAAGCGCACGGCCGAAGCCAUCGUUGGACGGAUGGAUAACACCCCGGUCGGGCAUGACUGGGUUGAAUACCCAGACCUGAUGAAAUUCUUCCAAGAGCUGGUUGGCACCUCGAUUAUGGAGUCCCUGGCUGGUCCGGCCCUGUUCGACCUGAACCCCAACUUCUGCGACGACUUCUGGAAGUUCGAUAAGUUCUUACCCAAGCUCGCAAAGGGCAUUCCCGAUUUCCUCGUCCCUGGAUUUGCUCAAGUUAGAAGGAGCUUGCUCGAUGGACUGAAGAAAUAUUAA